AUGGAAUGCCCAAAAGUCAAGAGAAAGAACCAGUCAAGAACGUACAAGGCUACAGGCGUGCUAGCCGGAGAACCGCCGCUUAUAAAAAGCGAAAAGCAUGCGCGUUACAAUCAGGAAUGCGGACAAGGCGAUCGAUCUCCCAAGCGCACGAGACUCGAAAGUAGUACCGAUCUUAUCAUGGCGACAUCUCAAAGUUCAACAACCACUGAAAGCUUUUCAGAUGUGUUUCCAGACCUAAACGACCUCUGCAAGCGAGUGAUCGAUGUAAUGUGUUCUUUGGAUGACAAACUGCUACAAGACUAUGGCAGUUUUAUCGAUCAAAACUUUGUCAAGCAUGAGCUUCCUGAAAUCCUGUCGGAAUAUAUUAACGUCGAGAUCCAAAAUUUGCAGGGCAAGUCUUUGACCGCUGAAGCAAUGCAAGAAGUCAAAUGUCGGCAAAGCUUGCGAAAGUGUAUUUUCAAUGGUGCAGGAGGCUACCAGGAUUUCCUUACCGAUGCUCGUGACCAUGACUAUCUUAAUUUCUAUGUUGGUCAAUCCGUCGACGUAGCGGAACCCUCCUCGAGCAAGGGCAUGAGCAAUCUCAGCACGCAAGAAGACAGGCCCGUGGACCAAUUGGAGUUUUCGUCGGACCCCGAAAUUCGAACUUGGCCCAGAUUCCGUCAAGAUAUUUUGAGCAGACAGCCUAAGACCAAGAAAGGAUCUCCCACCUUCGAGGAGCUCAGGGAAAAGGUUUCUAGCGUUAUACACAAACCAUUUCCCAAAAUCUCGCCCACAUCAAUCCAGGAUUUUGCAUCAAGGCCCACGCAAAUCCAAGCUGAAACGUUCAAUAUGGCUGCAGCACUCAGGAGGUCCUGCAAAGCGAUUGGUGAAAAAUGCGACCUGGAUGUCACACUAGACCAACCCAUUGGGAGUCUCCAAGGAUCGCUUGCAGUCAUAUAUGUCGGGUUGACAGCAGAAAACUCGCUUGUCUGGCCGCCAGACUUUGGAACAUUGAAGAACAUUGAUUCAAGCAAAUCGGGACAAUCAAGCUCGAUAUGCGAUAAUCUCGAUACUCUUUCAGUGGACAUGCUAAAUGCUAGUUCUGCGAAGGUUGUCAUACCCCAGCAGAUGCAGCUCCAAAGUCAAGAGAUUACUUUUCGCACUGAGGAGCUCAAUGGCAUCAUGCAAAGGAUAUACAUAGACGCCCCAGAAUUAGAGACUGUGGUACAUGGAUAUGGGUUCUAUGAAAUUGCCAAAGCCAAAGAUGGAGUCUUCGAGGCGAUCACGAAGGCAAGGAAAGGCGAAAAUGUUUCGUUGGACUCACUGAGCGAGGCUGCUAGAGACUGGCUAGGCCGCAGGGGUUUCAAAACCACCGAGGACAUGAAUGAGCUUGUAACAAUCGGCGGCGGAUCUCUAGGCCAAUCAUUGCACAUUCUUUACUGCGUACUAAGAUUCGUUUGCUCAAAAAUUCCUCAAAAUCAACCUCUUGCUACUUGGAAACGGCCCAAUAUUACGUUCGGAGACGGUCCACUUUUUUCAAAGCGCAUGCAAUUGGCUAUUGCGAAUCUUUGGUAUCGAAAGAUAGGACAAGAGCAAGAGAAACUGCGUAUUCAGAUACAACGUCGUCGUACUUUUACGCCGGCUCUAGUCGGAGAAAAGCUAACGCAAGAGAUUUUGGACGAUAUGGCGCUGCGUACAGUCACUAAGGAAGAAAACGAAAAGGAGAUGGGGGAUCUUUCUUCUGAUACAGGGAUGGAUAUGUACUUGGCUGAGUCUCAGAGCGCUCGGAUUGCACGUUCUAACGAAAUGACUUUCCCAGCAACAGAGAGUCAGCUCGCUCAGGUCGGGACCCAUGUGCAAGAUCAGCUCUUACGGAGGCAAAUUAAGGCGCUCAAAGCCAAGCGACCGGACAGAUUGCAUCAAAACCUUGAUGCUGUCGCUCAUUUGAAAGCCCAAGGCCAGGCUUUCGAGACGAUCUGCUCCCAAUUCCCUGACUUCUCUGCUAACCAAGUGCGCCGUGCCAAUGAAUUCGGGAACAAUAUCGGGCGUCACAGGUAG